AUGACACAAGAUCCAAGAAAUGCAGAAGACGCUCCUGAAGCGCAAGACGGGCCCGUCUACUUCUGGCGCGAAACGCACCCGCUGACGGGCUACCUCAGCCAGUGGUACGCCUGCCCCUUCCGCGACCCAGGCGAGCCGAGCAAGACGUACAAGACGGCCGAGCACUACAUGAUGCACCAAAAGGCCCUCCUCUUCGACGACCCGGCCACGGGCCUCGAGAUCCUGCGCGCCGAGCACCCGCGCCAGGCCAAGAGCCUGGGCCGCCGGGUCCGCGCCUUCGACCAGCGCCGCUGGGACGCCGAGCGCCUGCGCGUCGUCGCGCGGGGCAACUACCUCAAGUUCGCGCACCCGGCGGUCCCCGGCGGCGUCGAGUCGCUGCGCCUCGGCACGGGGUGGGGGCCGGGCGGCGCCUCGUCGGAGGCCGCGGGGUCGCCGCUCGUGGGCGCCGGCGGGCUGCGGGCGCGCCUGCUGGCCACGGGCGGCCGGGAGCUCGUCGAGGCGAGCCCGUUCGACAGGGUCUGGGGCAUCGGGUACCGGGAGGAGCACGCCGAAGGGGUGGGCAGGGAGGACUGGGGCGAGAACCUGCUGGGCAGGGCGCUGAUGGAGGUGCGCGAGAUCUUUAGGAAGGAGGACGAGGAGGAGAGGGCCGGUGCAGAAGGAGAGAAGCAGAUGCAGAAGAAGCAGAAGAAGAAGGCAUGA